CUCGGAUGGUCGCCGGCAACGGUCACCGGUCAUCGAUCAACUCCAAACCGUAAACCGCAUCUAGGCGCCAGACAGCUAAGAACUGUGGAUCAAUUACUGGCAAAGUCCAACCCCGUGCUACUUACUCUACGUAGAUAUUGUGGAAACAAUGUCUAUGCCAGGGCUCAAACCCAUUAUCUUCUAUGAUAUUCCCAGCAUCGUGCAGACAUGGUCUCCAAACACGGUGAAAACAAGAUAUUGUCUCACCUUCAAGGGCCUACCCUUCCAGACCGUCUGGCUCGAGUACCCGGAGAUCAAAUCAUUCUACGAACAACAUUCUCUGGCGCCCACUACCUUGCGUAUCAUCAAGGGAACCCCAACGCCCGUGCACACGCUUCCUGUCAUCAUGGAUCCAAAUACGAAUAGGUUUAUUACAGACUCCUUUGCGAUUGCACAGUACCUUGAUGAGCAAUACCCGGAUACACCGCAAGUACUGCCACAUAACACAGCUGCACUGGUGCACGCCUUUCAUACUGCGCUGCAUGACGCCAUAAGGGGCAUUGUCAUGCUGGGCAGUUUUAGAGGUGCUCAGAAACUUAAUCCCAAGAGCAAGGAGUAUUAUAUUCGCACUCGUGUGGAGCGAUUCGGCAUUCCAUGGGAGCAGUUUGCAACGCCCGAGAAAAGAGAGGAGCAAUGGAACAUACUGCGUGCUGCGUGCAAUACCAUAGAUGGGUGGUAUGCAACCGGCGGCGGUCAAUUCAUAAUGGGGGACACACCAUGUUUCGCUGACUUUGUGGUUGCGGGACUAUGCAAGUGGAUACAGUAUUGCUUUGAGAAUCAGGAGUGGGAAGAAGUAAAGAGUUGGAACGGGGGGCGAUGGAGGAGACUAGUUGAAGCAACUGACAGGUAUCUUGAUUGUUCCAAGUAGUUCCGUUGAGCGUGGUGCUCUCGGUUUAUCUGCACGAGCAGAAUUCAAAUGACAAACAGGAUG